AUGAGUUCCAAUCUCAAAAGUGUACCCCCUACCGUAGUCGCUCAUGACCUUAGUAGUUUAUGCGACUUUAAACAAAUUAAAAAAAAAAAAAAUGAAAAGUUAAAUUUACAUCUUUUAGCAAGAGGUGCCAUGGGCAGUACAUAUUUUAAUUACAGAUUAGGUUUUGUUAUUACUCAGAAUGAUACUGAAGCGAAUAAAAAAGAAAUGGGCUCAAAAAGUGAAAUUUUUUGGGCGAUAUCGUGA